GUUUCUCAAUCCUCAGCACAUUCAACAACAAAAAUCAACCACAUACCUCAAAUUCAUAGAUCUAUACAAAAAAUAAACAGGCAAAAAUGCCGAAGGAGUCCUUAUGUGUUCGGAUCUAGGGGUUACCUAGCUAGGGGAGCCUGAAAAGAUGUCGGGAUCACGCCGGAAACUCUCUGUUACUGCCCUUCAAUGCUCUCGAAAACCCUUAGAAGUCCGAAAAAUCCACCCGAAAAUACCCAAAAAGAAUCCUCCCUCUCUGCUUUCUAAACCUCUAUAUGUAACCCACAAAGAAAAACAAAGAAAAACCCUAAAUCUUCCCCUAGCCUUCCGAUCUCCUUCUCUUUUCAUCUAUACUGUAGAUUGCAAAAGGGUGGACUCUCUCCUGCCAAAGCAGAGCUGCUGAUGCCGGCAGACAGAAAAAGCAGAGGAGAAUGAUUAUUGCAAGGCGGUUGGUGGGGCCAUCAUGGUUGCUGGAAGGAAUGAAACGGCGGAGAGGGAGGGGAUCUGGGAUUUUUGCCGGAGUCGACGGUAGGGUUCGACUGAACCCUGUCGCCCCUCCUACAAUUUUUCUUUUGGACUUUAAAACGACGUCGUUUGGUGUUCGAACCCCCUUUUUUCACCCACCUGUCACUCUGGUCUUCUAACUUUGUCCACGUCACGUUUAAGUCCCUGCAAAAUGAGACUCACAUUUUAAAUCUCUUCAAUUUGGUACCAAAUGUCAUUUAAUUAAAUUAAACCUCGAUUU